UCUCCCUCCAUGUCUCGUCUGCUGGUCCAGAACCUCCCGGUGUAUAUCACUCCUGCGCGACUUCGCGAACACUUUGAGCAGAAAGCUGGACCAGGGGGCACGAUCACCGACUGCAAAGUCGCCUCCAAGUCCGAUGGCACUGCGCGUCGCUUCGGAUUCGUCGGAUUUAAAACCGAUAGCCAGGCCACGGCCGCCAAAGAGUGGUUCAACAGGACAUUCAUUGACUCGACGAAGAUCAGGGUCGAAGUGAUCGAUGGCGCCAAAAAUGCACCUGCACCUAGACCUAAUAAGCGUCCUCGUCUAGGGCCAUCUCCCAACGACGUGGAGGCUACGCCGCCAAGUAAGAAACAACGCCCUGAUGUUGCACCCGCGAAACCAGUCCCGGACGCCCAGCUCGACGAGUUUCUCCAAGUCAUGCAACCUCGCGCGAAGGGUCGCACAUGGGCCAACGACGCUGCACCCCUCGCAUCUGAAACGACCUCUGGGCCGAAAGAUACGGAGAAGGAUGUCCCUAUGGAGGACGAGCAGCCACAGGAGGGCAUGUCCGACAUGGAAUGGAUGCGACAGCGGAUGUCGAAGAACGCGGAUGUGGUUGAGAAGGCGUUCGAGCAAUCUGAUGACGAGAAGGAUGCAGAAGAGUCUGCGAUGCCCGCUGUAACGUCCUCCACUGAGCCUCCGGAGGGGAAGGAUCCGGACACGGAGACUAUCUUGCAGACUUCCCGACUUUUCGUUCGGAAUCUCGCGUUCUCGUGCACGGAUCAGGAGCUACUUGACUUGUUUUCGCCAUACGGUGCCAUCUCUCAGGGACAACUUACCUUCGGGAAUGCUGAUCCUCUUGGAAUCAAUAGUAGAAAUAGUUUUCUGACUCGCUUUUCUGUUUCAUGGUCUUUUAAACUUCGUGCUGACUUUUCUCGCACAGGUGAUGAUGCUUUCCUCGGAUCCUCUGCGGAUGACAAGCUAAAUAGGGACAACAUACCUGCGGGAAUGCUGAUCCUUCUGGAAUCAAUAGUAGAAAUAAAUUUCUGAUCUUUCUGGGGUUUCGACUUGUGUUCGGAUGGCUUACUUCCUCUUCUCUCCAGGUGCACCUACCCGUCGAUUCAGCAACGAAGCAGCCGAAAGGUGUCGCGUAUAUCACAUUCGCAAACGCAGCCGAUGCAGUCUCCGCCUUCGAAGCUCUGGAUCGCAAGUCGUUCCAGGGUCGUCUCAUCCACAUACUGCCCGCGGUGGACCGCAAGCCUCGGUAUGAAGUUGUCGAGGGUGAAGGCAAGAAGAAGACGGUCAAAGGCGAACGAGAGGCCAAACGAAAAGCUGCCGCAGGAAAGGAGUUCAACUGGAGCAUGCUGUACAUGAACGCCGAUGCUGUCGCUUCCUCGAUCGCAGAUCGAAUGCAGAUCUCGAAGUCUGACAUCCUGAAUCCCGAAGGUUCAGACAAUGCCGCUGUGAAACUAGCCCUCGCCGAGACGCACAUCAUUCAAGAAACCAAGACGUAUCUUGAAUCGCAGGGAGUCGUUCUAGAGUCUUUCUCGUCGAGAGCCCGAUCCGACACUGUCAUUCUGGUGAAGAACAUACCGUACGGCACGUCGGCGGAGCAAAUCAGAGAGUUGUUCGAGCCGCAUGGGACACUGACGCGGGUAGUCGUACCUCCUGCCGGGACCAUGGCUGUCGUCGAGUUCGAAGACGCAUCCGACGCAUCGACUGCCUUCCGCGCCGUCGCCUAUAGACGACUGGGCAAUUCCAUCGUCUAUCUCGAGAGAGGACCGCAGGGGAUGUUCCGCGGCGCUGUACCCGUUGCAACAGACUCAGCAACGAUGCCCGUUGUCCAUGGUGUCAAGAUCGCCACCGAAGACGUGACCGAAGAGCAGGAGGACGAACCCGAGUUGAGCGCCGGAACGACUCUUUUCGUGAAGAACCUCGCAUUCGCAACGACGACCGAGCGCCUGGUGCAGGUCUUCGGCAAGCUGCCGUCCUUCUCGUUCGCGCGUGUACAGAUGAAGCCCGACCCGAAACGCCCCGGGGCCCGGCUGAGCAUGGGCUACGGCUUCGUCGGGUUCAAGGAUGCCGAUGGUGCGAAGAAAGCGCUGAAGAGUAUGCACGAGUUCGUGCUUGAUGGGCACGCACUGUCCGUCAAGUUCGCGGGGCGCGGGACGGAGGAUGAAAGCAAGGCGGGUUCGGCUUCUUCCAAGAGCAGAACGACGAAGAUGUUGGUCAAGAACGUACCGUUUGAGGCCACGAAGAAGGAUAUCCGAGAGCUGUUUGGGGCCCACGGCAAGCUCAAGUCAGUUCGUGUGCCGAAGAAGUUCGACUCCCGAUCGCGCGGCUUCGCCUUCCUCGAUUUCGUCUCGAGGCAUGAAGCAGAGAACGCCUAUGCAGCAUUGCGCCAUACCCAUUUGCUCGGUCGGCAUCUCGUUCUUGAAUGGGCCGAGGAAGCCGAGCAGGACCUCGACCUACUACGGAAGAAAGCAGGUGUCGGAUACGGGUCCGGAAGCAGUGAGAUGCCCGGUAGGAAGAGGAAAUUGGACAUGGGAAGAACGGACGGCAACGAUGACCCAGAGUCAUUGGAGUAACUGCGAGACUAGCGAUACGCGAUCACGUGAAACUAUUCCUAUUCUCACGUGCAACUCUUCCGCUUCAAGAUUCGAGUAUCCACUGGCAUGAUCUGACUGAGGUGAUCCAAUUAUAACACGAUUACGAUAAAGAAUGAUGUAUGUAGACAACGAUGUGCUUCCGUCUGACUUUCAUGUUCUACUGCACCGCGGUUCUUCCUGUCUUCAUCGUCCGUCGCCGCGUCGGUGUCUCUUCAGACGCGAGGGGAGCAGACUUGCGGGUGGGAGUCUUUGAUGAGAUGUCAGGGACAGCGUCGUUGCACAGCGGUUGCAAAACGUGAGCUGGGUGAGGAGUCAAUGUGAGAUUCUGUUCAGUUAUCGGCAUGUACCAUACGCACAGGCAUGUAUCCCUGCAUCGCUGUCAUCAGCGAGGCUUCCCGCCCGCCAUCGAAGCAGCUGGUCCAACUUCCCAGCCUCAUCAACCACAGGCAGAUCCCCAAGAGCGAGACUUUCCGGCUCUUCCUCAUCGAGUAUCUUGACCGCCACCAACUGAUCCAGAAGCUCGCCAGUCACAGUUGAGAUGCUGGGCAGCGAGGAAAGGGUUGCAGAAAUCGCGUUCGCACGUGAGUCGCGUCUGCGGUUAGACUUGUCCCGCCUAUCGCGCUCUUCCAUCGCCAGCAACUCCUCCUUCCGAACCGCCAGGGGUGUCCCCGCCGCGGUCGGUGUGCGCACAGCGACUUUCGGUUUGCCUGGUGCAUCUGACAGCGGUGUGCGUGGGCUCGAUGACGCCGAAGAUGGUGUGGAUACAGCCGCAGCUCUGGUAGCGCGUUUCGCGGUGGAUCUGGCUGUCGGGGUGAUCGGCUGGGUGUCGUCGCCGCACGAGCGAAGAACGUGUCCUUUGCGGGGUCUCCCGCAUGUCUUACAGUGCGGGGAUUUACGUGGGGACUUUGGUGGGGCGGAAGACGCGUUGGAUUCGGAGGUGGGUGGCAUACUUGCCGAGUGGCUUGCUGGGAAUCUGGGUAGUGCUACUUUGGGCGUGCACGGCUGGGGGUCUGUAGGCAUAGUUUAGAGCGUAUAGGUAGUGUGUUGUGAUAUUAAGGAUUUCAAGCUGCGUCGA